CCAAUCUUCCCACUCCAAAACUUGUGAGAGAGAAGGAAAGAACAAAGAAGGAGAAAACAACUUUCUCUCUCACAGAAACACAAAAACACACUUCCUUCAAUUUCAUAUUUCUCUCCCUCUCUCCCCAAAAAAAAAAAAAAAAAAAACCCAAUAAUAUUUUCCAUGUCUUCAAAAGGAAAUUACCAAGCUACUAGUAAUACUAGCCCAAUUGGUAGCCCUUUGCAAGGGAACAAUAUUUGUGAUAUAAACUCUUCCAAAGAGCAAGAUAGGCUUCUCCCAAUAGCAAAUGUUAGCAGAAUCAUGAAGAAAUCUCUCCCUUCAAAUGCCAAGAUCUCAAAGGAAGCAAAAGAGACUGUCCAAGAAUGUGUUUCUGAGUUCAUAAGCUUCAUCACCGGGGAAGCCUCAGACAAGUGCCAAAGAGAGAAGAGGAAGACAGUUAACGGUGAUGAUCUCUUGUGGGCCAUGACAACUCUUGGGUUUGAGAACUAUGUGGGACCCUUGAAGGUUUACCUCAACAAGUAUAGAGAAGUUGAGGGAGAGAAGAACUUCAUGUCUAGGCAAGAGGACCACCACUCUCCUACCACCAACACCACCACUAGCUCUAAUCAUGGGCCCCACCAUCAUGAUCAUGAUUAUCAUCAGAUGGUCAAUAUUAACAAUAAUAAUAAGGGCUCUAAUUCUGUACCCCUAAUUAACAAGGUGGAUUUUCAGGAUUUCAAUAGUGGUGGGUUUCACUCUCUUGGUGGUCAAAUGAAUGUCCCAAAGAGCUAUGAAGAAGUCAGUAAUGGAAUGGUUUUUGGGUAUGGAUCAGAUAACUAUGUAAGUGGUAUUUCUAAUUAUAAUGUGAAUGUCACUCAUGAGAGUGGUGGAGAUGGAAAUGCAAACAGAGUUAUGGCUGCUCAUCUUCAUCAUGGAAUUGGAUGGUAG